AUUAUGUUUCUGCUUGUACCUUGUUUGGGGGCUGUUGUGUCUGCACGGAAGAGAUUGAGACCGAUACCUUAAUUUCUUUAAAAAAUAUAUAAAAUAACUACAAGAUUAAUAUGAGCCAGACUUGCCUUUCUGAGGUUAAGGAUUUGCGGUGUAUAGAGGCAGUUGGUGAUCUGCAAGAGGGUAUCGAGUCCAUCCCUAUCAUCUGUAUGGCCCUCCUAAAUACACUUGUUGAUCAAAACACUGGUAAAUGUUUUAAUUAUGAUCAAAUCAGGAAACACAUUGAGCAUGCUGAGCAGUGCCUAAAGUCGUCAGAGAAAAAGAUUAAAGAAAAACUGGGAAACUUGGAUGAAAGCAUGGAGUGCUUUCUGAAAGACAAGGAAUGUACUGAGCAAGAAAAGAAAGAAAAAAUACUGGCCAUGGAUAAACUGUCCAAAGACAAGUUAUGUGCUGAAGAAAUACUGCGUCAGUCAAAGAGGGCUUUGGAACAAGCAAAAAUAAACCUAGGCUCAGAAAAAGAAGCUUUAAACAAAGAAGAAGCAAUAAAGAACUCAUGUGAAAGUUUGACAAUUGCAGGGUCUGUGAUGUUAAUAAUACCAAUUUUGGGAUGGAUUGCAGGUCCAAUAAUGAUGUAUGAGGGACAGUGUGGAAGGCUCGAUGCAAUAAAUGGCAUCAUGACUGCGGAGAAGGAGAUAAAAAAGGCUAAAUCUGAAUUGAGGGAAUAUGAGGGUAAAGUGUCUGAUUAUCAAAGCAGAACUUCUGAGGCUCAGAAAGAAAUUAAUAAAACAAAGGAAGAUCUGAAGAAGAUUCAGGAGGAGAUUGAAGGACUUAAGCAGGAUUUAGUGGACGCAGCUGAAAUUCAGAAUACAGUCAGGCAAGCUGUGCACCUUCUUAGUGUUCUUAGUGGAAGAGUCACUGUACUCCAAAUGCAAACUCAACGUUUCAUCUUGUGGGAGCCCGUGGUGAAUCUGAUAAAAGAAGUGAUGAAGACAGCAAUAAAUAUAGCAGAGAAUCAGUUCCUCUGUAGUCGAGGUCUUCCAGGUCUUAAAAAUACGUUGAGGGAGAAUACUGAAAGACUGUUGGCUAUAUGCAACUCACCCAACAAUUCUGAACAUGAAAGCUAUUACUGACAAGCUCAUUUUAAUGUUACAACUCAUACAGAAAUCAACAUACUUUUCAAAUUUCUAGAAAAUGCCAUUAUCACAAAUGACAGAUUUACAUAUUUACAUACAGAGACAUUGUAGAGAUAUGUAAAGCAUGCCUCUAGGAGAUACUGACACAUGAAUAAACAACAAAUCCUUUGUUUAGCCAGGGUACAUAAAUAGACAUGCAAAGAUUUAUAUUAAAAUCAAUACAAAAUAAUUAAAUUGUUUAAUGUUUGCCUUGUGUGUUAAAACAAUAAAAUAAAGCUAGAAUUAAAACACAUUACAUUAUUAUUUGUAUAGUAGUUUUUGU